UAUGUUUUCUACCACUUUUUAUUAAUUUGUUUCUGAAAGAAGAUUGUACAAUCGUAUAAAAAAUACAGGAAAAUACGAAGCGGCACUAUUGAUUUUACAUAUCGCUGACAGAACGCUUCAUGUGGGUGACAGCAUGUAACUGCAGCAAUUCCUCCCUUACGACAAAAUUGAUUUUUCCACCAUACGUAUGCCAUCGUUUUCCUUCCCCUUGACAGCAUAUGCAGCGGUCAUGCGCGACUUUUUACCGUCAGCGCAGCCGACAAUUUGCAACAGUCGCUGUCGCACCUUCGAAAUAGUAGCAUGACUAAAAUCAUUGCCAUUCCGUGGUCGAAUGUGAAUUACGAGAAGGACAUCGUCGACGCGCUGAUGUGGAGCCGACGGAUACUGCGAGUCCUUGGGAUCUGGCCACUGAUAUUUCCGGAUACUUCAACAAUCGAGAAGAUCCUGGCGACGAUCUCGUUCUCGGUAUGCUGGUCCGCGCUCGGCUUUCUUCUGAUACCCAUGACCAUCUACACUCUCUCGGACCAGACGUUGACUAGCGACAAGAUAAAGAUGCUGGGUCCGCUGGGCUAUGUUGUCGCUUCGGUGCUGAAAUACAUGUUACUGGUAAUUCGUCAUAGAAGCAUUCGACGGUGCAUUCACGUACUGAGCAUCGAUUGGCGCGCAGUCCAGCAAGAGGAUUAUCGAAUGAUCAUGAUAAAGGACUCGGCGAAAGGGCAUGUGUUGUCCAAGUUUUGCAUAGCGUUUAUCUAUUGCGGUGGCUUGUGUUACAAUACUGUGAUACCGUUCCUGUCACCAAGACCGGAUAACGAGCUGAAUACUACCGUCGGCCCGGUUACGUAUCCCGGCUUUGACAUUAUCUUCGACCUGCGAUUCGUUCCGGCUUACGUGUUCGUCUUUUGCGCACAAUUAUUAUCCAGCGUCAUAAUGUUCAACAUUACCACGUCGGUGUGUUGCUUGGCUGCUACGUUCGUGGCUCACGCCUGUGGCCAGAUUGGGAUCGUGAUGGCGAAGGUGAAAGGUUUCGUGAAGAAUGUACAAAGUAACCGUACGAAUUCCAAGCAUCGCAUGGCGAUUAUUGUAAAUCACCACGUGCAAGCGUUGAGAUUUUCAGCAAGUAUCGAGGAUGUGUUAAAUGAACUGUGUAUGGUAGAGAUAGUGGAAUCAACGUUGAUAAUAUGUUUACUGGAAUAUUAUUGUCUCACGGAAUGGCAUAAUAAUGAUGGCUUUGCAGUUAUGACAUAUAUUUUCCUGUUGACGUCAUUCGUUUUUAAUAUUUUCAUGUUUUGUUACAUUGGUGAACUACUGACAGACCAGUGCAACAGAGUGGGGUACACUUCGUAUGAAAUUGAGUGGUAUCAAUUACCGGGAAAAGUUGCAGUCGAUCUCACGUUGAUGAUCAGCAUGUCUCACCAUCCGACCAAAAUUACUGCCGGGAAAUUAAUCAGCCUCUCGUUUACUAGUUUUGGCAACGUCUUAAAAACUUCGGUCGCGUAUUUAAACUUACUGCGAACCGUCGUUUAAUGCACACGAAAAGCUCGAAUUAAUCCUCCCAUGAUUCUAACGAAAAAAAGAAACUAACAUUCGACGUA